AUGCAACAAGGUCUGCCUUUGUUUGGAGACUUCCAACAAAACCCUAAUGUGCUACUGACGCCGCCGCAGGACCCGAAGACGGCCGGGGCGCAGCAGCGGUCGGCCUCGAUCGACUUGUCCAGCUUCCUGGGCUCCGACCACGGCCUGCUCGGAACACCGGCACUGGAUCCGUUGAACUCGUGUUCUGUCAGUUCCGCGUCGAACGUGGGGAUCCGCACAAGACACCGGAGCGGAACACUGCCCACAAAGCUGGUGUCGAGCGCGGGGCAAGUAUCGUCGGCCAGCGCGGCCAACACGCCGCUGGUGCCGCCCGAAACAAGCUCGCUCAACGUCAGCAUCAGCCCCGGGCUCAACGCAGUGUACGAGGACCCAAACUUCCUCAACCAGCCCGCACAGUCGCGGAUCCGGUCGUCGUCCAUCCAGAGCAGCAUCUGGUCCGACCAGCAGGACGCCGGCUCGACGUUUUUGCAGGUCCCCCAGGAGCCGAACACCAACAACACCUCGCUCCAGGUCCCGCAGCUCAACGUCGACCUCGACUCGAUCCUGUCGGCCAGCGCGUCGAGCGCGGUGCCUACGACCCCUCCGAUCAACUCCACUAAUAGACUGCGGUCGUACUCUGCCAACAACGCCAUGUUCAACCCGUCAGAGAAACUGUUUCUGCAGCAGUACACUCCGAUCAAAGAGGAGCUGAUUUCCCCAGUUCCGUUUGGAAUCUUGGACGAUCCGGCCUCCAGACCACGCUCCCACACCAGCGCCGUCUUCUCGCAUCCCGCACCUAUGCCAAAGCUGCAAGACAAUCUGCCAGAAGCGUGUAUUUCCAUCACCUCGACCCACACGAACCCGUCUCUGGGGCCAACAAACACGCUGCUGUUCAUCAAUAUCCCCAGCGACACAAGCUUCACCAACUCCAUGAACUUUUACAAGAUGCUUAGCCAGUUUGGCCCGAUGGUUUCUGUUCGGAUCGUGACCUGUACCGAGAACGCCGACCUGGUGGCCAUUGCGGAGUUUGCCGACGUCGAAAGCGCCAUGAGGUGCAAGUCCAAGAUGAACUACCAGGAGCUGAUCCCGGGGCUGAGCUGCAUAGUAUCGUUUGCCAAGAUCUUGUCUCUCAACGACAAGCCCAAGUCACCUGUUAACGUGCCAACCAUAUCUAAUGGCGAGAAGGACGAGCUGCUAAACGGGAGCUCAAAAAUGACGAUUCUGAACGACAAGUUUUUCAUCUUCCAGUCGUCGCUGAACGUCCUUCUCCAGAAAAUUAAUCUCACUCCAAGCGAGAGAUUGCAUCUUAAUAUUAUCAUCAACAAGGCCCUAAAUUACCCUAGCGUGCGCAAGUCCGACCUGGGAAAAAUGCCCGAGCCCGCUGCUGUCAGACACUUUGAUACCCCGAAACUGAGAGAGAUCAGAAAACAGCUGGACGGCAACCACCUGUCGAAGCUCGAGAUCGAGGAACUAGCCCUGGCAAUGCACAACGAACUUCCGGAGCUCGCGUCCGACUACCUGGGCAACACCAUUGUGCAAAAGCUGUUCGAGGUCUGCGACGUCCCGAUCAGAGACUCCAUGAUUAAGAAGCUGAUGCCGUAUUUUGCACAGACCGGCGCGCACAAAAACGGCACCUGGGCGGCGCAGAAAAUCAUCAACACCAUUGCCACAGACAGGGAAAAAUGGAUGGUUUCGGAGGCCGUCAAGCCGUACUGCACGCAGCUGUUCAACGACCAGUACGCCAACUACGUGAUCCACGGAGUGCUCAAGUUUGGUGCUCCGUACAACGACUUCAUCUCGGAGGCGAUGCUCAGCACGUUUCUGGAGCUGUCCAGGAACCGGUUCGGCGCCCGGGCUGUGCGGACGUGUCUUGAGAGCGAGAGCGUGAGCCGCGAGACGAUCGUCGCCAUCGCCACGUGCGUUCUGACGUGGUUCUGGGAACUCGUUGGCGACUCCAACGGCUCGAUCCUGAUCACGUGGUUCCUCGACACGUGCCAGAUCAUCGACGACCGGCACCUGAUGCUGACGAGAAUCCUGCUGCAGGAGAAACGGGACGACGGCGUGGAUUUCGUCAAGGUGUGCUGCUCGAAAGUCGGCAACCUGAGCGUGCUGAAGCUGCUCAACUACCGGGGCAGUCUGCAGCCGCGGGACCUGAUCCUGAGGCGCAUUUUCGGCGACGACGUGCUGGAGUAUGAGGACGCCGCGCAGCCGCUCGACACGCUGCGCCACAUCCUGAGCGACAAGACCUCGAUUGGGUCCACGUUCGUGUACAAGGUGUUGUCCACGCCGUCUGUCGACGCCGACCUGCGACGCCACAUGACUUCCCGUGUCCGGCACGUUCUGCAGGAUCCCAAUCUCAGCGGACACCAGUACAAGCGGCUGUACGAAGAGGUUGGGCUGAAGACGCACCAGCGCACGUCGAGCUCUGCGCGCAAGAAGCGGUCGUCGCGGUCGCGGUCCAAUUCUGCCAACGACAGGUAUCCGACGCCGGCGACGAGCAACAGCAGCAGCGCGGACGUGGACUACGACCUGAUCCUGCGGCAGCAGCUCGAGAAGCUGUCUUUGGGGCAGGAGCAGCAGCUCUUUUUUUAG